AAACGACUCUGGGACAGGAACCGGCUCUUAUCGUUCACUUAAAAGAGCCGGCUCUUUGAACCGGAUCGUUCUUGACCGACACAUCACUAGUUCAGCACCAUUGCAGUGUGGAGGAGAGAUCAGACUGGAGGUGUAGCUCAGCUGAGAGAAGAGAAGAGGGUUCAUUUAACAGGAAAGAUACUCGACCUAAGGGUGACCGCUCUCACCUUUACUGUCACCGCGUGAUAUUUACCAUAAAGCAGCUUCAGUCCUGCAUCCAAAUCAGUCCUUGAUGUACUUAUAAGUCAACAGUGGAGUCAUUCCAGUCGUGUUGCGUGCAGCCAGUCUUGAGAAUCAGCUGGAUAUGUGGUUUGCAUGCUGAGAGAGCUGUGGUGCUGCUGACUCACUGCACUGCCAGGUGACCCUCAGUGAUUGACAGAUGUGUGACACUGUGGAGAACCAUUUGCCUCUCCCAGUGGAGAUCUGAGUUCUGGGACACUGAGGCAGCCAAGGAGGGGGUCUCUGAGGAAGAUGCUGGGUUCAGAGCGCGGUGUUGUCGAAGAAUGGCUCUUAGAAUUCAAGUCCUUACCAGAAAAACACAUCCCCAGCUACGCCGGCAGCCUUCAUCUAAAGAAGUCUCUGGUGCCAGCGCUCUACAGAGUCAUCCAGGACCCCAACAAUGAGCUGAUGGAGCCUGUGUGCCACCAACUGUUCGAGCUGUACCGGAGCUCUGAAGACCGCCUGCGCCGCUUCACCCUGCAGUUCCUACCUGAGCUGGUGUGGGUAUAUCUACGCAUCACAGCCAGCAGGGAUCGCCAGAGCAAUGGGUGCAUUGAGGCCCUCCUCCUGGGCAUCUAUAACCUGGAGAUCGUGGACAAAGACGGCAACAGCAAGCUCCUCUCCUUCACAAUCCCAUCUCUGUCCAAACCAUCGAUAUAUCAUGAGCCUUAUAGCCUGGGGUCCAUGGCAUUGACAGAGGGGGCCCUCUGUCAACAUGACCUGAUCAGAGUGGUGUACAGCGGCCUCCACCCACAGAGAGAGACCUUCACGGCUCAGAACAGGUUUGAAGUGCUGUGUUUCCUCAUGCUCUGCUACAACUCUGCUGUGGUGUACAUGCCCGUAUCUUCCUACCAGUCCGUCUGCAGGAUGAGCUCACGGCUGUGUGUGUGUGGCUUCCCCCGGCAGCAGCAGAAGCUUUGGAGAGAACCGUGCAACCGCGUGCUGCUGGACCCCGAGUUCAUGGUGCAGAUGCUGACUGCCGUUUAUCACAGCAUAUACAAUGGAGAGUGGGAGAUGGGGCGGGAUGCUCUGGAGGACAUUCUGUACCGAGCCCAGCUGGAGCUUUACUCCCAGCCUAUCUUGCUGGGGAACGCCAUGAAGAACUCGCUGCCAGCCAACGCUCCCGAUGAGCCGCGGGGGCGCAAAGUGCUCCAGGUGGAAGUGACACCCACCAUCAGCCGCAUCUCCAUCUCGGCCAUCACCACCGCCUCCAUACGACGCCACCGCUGGAAGAGAGAGGAUUGUUUUGACUACUCAACCGCUGCAGAGUUGAGCUUCAUCGUCAAUCCUCCUAGCCUCGCCCAGCACCACCACCACCACCACCACCACCAACACCACCACACUCCCUGGGACCCCGCAGCCAAUGAGGAGAGCCAGCACAGCAGCAGCAGCAUCAUUCCCCCCAUCACAUUUGAGGAUGCUGACGGUAUGAGCGGCGGGGAAGACUCCUUCAACAUCAACGACCCAGAUGAGGGUUUCUCCUCCGGGGCGUCCAACAGCAGCCAGCCCAGCGGCACCAAGGCGGGCGGCGGCGGCAUGGGGCCGAGGGGCGGCAGCCUGAACAGCAGCAGCAGCAGCAUCAAGAAAGCCAUCACGGCCCGGCUGUCUCGGGACAAGGAGAGAGAGCGGGAGAAGGAGAGAGAGCGGGAGAAGGAACGGGAGAGGGAGAAGGAGCGGGAGAGGGAGAAGGAACGGGAGAGGGAUCGAGAGAGGGAGGCGGAAAAACAGCCAGAUUUGUCGGUGGAGCCCCAGGCUCCUGUGAGGAGGCACCACCAGAGGAAGCCGUCGCCUCCGGCCAGCAUCAACUUGGAUGCCAUCCAGCUGAGCCCCAUAAAGAAGCACCUGAGCUUCCCUGCGGGGCCCACGCUGGUGCGGACUGGCAGCACCUCUUCCAGUAAGUCCUUUGACUGCAUGAAUUUCAACCUGAAUGGAGGCGAUGAGGAGCGAGAGGAGGCGGCGGGGGGCUCCGACAAGGAAGGAGUGCUUCCAGCAAGCGGCUCCCACCGCCACUCCACCAUCAGCCUGCAGGAGGAGCACCUCGUCAGGCCGGAGGACGCCCAGGACCUCCUGUCUACUGGAGCUCCUCUCACCAAGCAGUCCCGCUCCCCCAGUUUCAACAUGCAAAUCAUAUCACAGGUCUAACGUGCAGGGCAUGAUACACACACACACACACACACACACACACACACACACACACACAAAAUACCUGUUCAUAACACUCAUCCUCAUGCAGUUUUUCUCUGCAACUCUUUACAACCCUACUUCUGUCUACCUAUCUGUGUUGGUGUGUGCGUGUGUGUGUGUGUGUUCAAGAGUUGUGUCUCCACCCUUUUAACAUCCAUUACAAUCGUGACCUGCAGUCGUUGCUGGCGGUGUUUAACGUUACUGAAAAUGCAACAAGAGUAAAGUAGUAAACAAUGACUGCCCUCUGCUGUAACUACAGUCCAGCAUGUCACUGCAUCCUCCCGUCUGACCGAGCUGAGCGUCCAACACACACAAACUCUCCUCAAAAAAGGAGGAAACGUUGAGAGAAAACGCGUACGGAUGCCACGCUAGCUGUAGGAGAUACAUACGACAUUUCAGAUUAUUUCGAGUUCCUGACUGAAUCAGUCGAAAAAUGAAUCAGCAAUAACACUUACCGUCGCUCAAGUGGAGAAGAGUGGGGAUUUAUUGCUCUUUCUCUUCAUUCCUUCCCUUUCAUUCCCGGGCUCACGUGCAAUCGUUCUUGCUGAUUAUCUUCCUCGUCAAAUUGCUGUUUUUAAAAUUAGGCAUAAAUGUUUUUGUUUCUUUUAAAUCACAAUCCAAAGAAGGUAGCGUUUUGUUUUUCUUCACUUGUUUGACAGUGAUUUGGCAGAAAGUGAUUCUCUAGACCUUCCUUUUAUUCUGUAAUUAGAAAUAUUCUCAUUUGAUCUGUAAAAAUCUGACUUUUAAGAUUGUUGUAAAAACCAAACUGGAAUGUGGUGAGGGUUUGUCUUGCCCCCGAGCUUUUAACUGGACAAAUCUGAAGAACUCACUACUGUGCAGCUACAAGAGGAAUGAAUUCAUCUUGAUUUAAAAUCUGAAGCUGAAUCUUGUGGAAGAACUGGAUUAACUAUAACAUUGUAGACGGUGCAGGUUUGGGUCUGAAGCUGAAAGGCAAUGACUGUAUUUUAUAUUGGAUUAUUGUUAUGGAUCAAACCAUUUAAUGGGUCCUUCCAUCUGAAAGCACUUGUAGGUGUGUUUUGUCAGGCUCUGGCUUGUCUCUGAGCCGGUGACGUGCUGCCCUCUGGAGGCUAGCACGAGUCACUGCGCAUCAGCAGUCGCUAUGACGAUCGUUCUCUGCUCUGAUUGGACGCUCAUGAAACAUUUUGUUCUACCUCAUUGUGUGUUCACCCUGCCACUCAGACACCUGUCUCCCAAUCAGACGCAGGAUUUAAAGACCCCAUUUAGGUUUUGAAACUGGACCAGUUUGUGGGGGAUUAGAUAGUGGGGACCAAACUGGUUUCACACUGUAAUGACACUGUAAAGUCUGUUCAUGUGAGGAGUUGUGACUGAAUAUCUCGGCCUUGCAUUUCAGUUCCAUGCACAAAACCGAGCUGCAAAACAAGAACACGACUGUCUUCAGGUUUUUCCGUCAUAUAUCAAACAACCACAUCAGGAUUAACCUGAUUAUUUGAAUUCCCUAGAUAUGUCCAGCUUUUUUUUUUUUUUUAUGUAAUGAUUUUUGAAGUGCAAUUUCUUCUUUUUUUUUUAAUCCUCAUGUGCAUGGAGUUGGAUCUUCUCUGCUGUUAAAUGCCUGCAUCUGCGCACAGUGCUAGCUAGCCUUCUGUAGUGCUCCCUGCCCAGGCUGAGUGAUUUGAACAUGGCGUGCUUGUCUGCAUGUUUAGUGCCCUGCAAAGCACUGCUGUUUCAGAUGCGUGAAACAGCCAGCGAGCCAAAACCCCAAGUCUCGUCCUUGUCUUCGCCAGAUGUGCCAAUACACAUCCUCUCCUUAAGGAAAUUAUAUUUUGCUUGGGUGUCUUAAGUUUAAAAAAAAAUGCCUAUUUUGUUCUGUUUACUGGUCUUAUUUCAAAGUUAAGGGACAAAAAAAAAGGGAUGUUUGGACGCAUAUGGCUCAACGUGCCCUUAGAUGCAGCUUCACCUUUUUUGCCAUGAAUUCACUCAUCACAGGUGUGUGUGCGCGCGACACGCUGUACUCUCACUAUUUGCUGUUCACAUGUAAAAGCAGUAUAUUAUGCGUCUGUGUGUUCCGUAGAUGUCAGCUUGUUGUAGUUGCAUUUCCCCCACGUCUUGCUCACGUGCUUGUUUAAAGUGAGGAUGAUUUAAAUGUAUAUAAAAGUCAGUUCAGUCUGCAGUGAAAAUCCCACACAGUCUGUGCUGGAAAACCUUCACAGCUGCUGCUCCUCUCCCGGUCCUGAGUGAGUUCUGUGUGCGCUUUAGCCUUAAACAUUUCAGGCCAAAAAGCCUCCAUCGUCGGCUCUUUGGCCUCCUCUUCCUCCUUCUCCUCCUCCUCCUCCUCCUGCUGGACUGGACUGUGGAUGAAGAAGAGGAGAGGAGUGCAGCUACAGUUCACACUCUCACCUGGCCUGUCUGCUGUCAUCCUCGUGCUGUGUGGCUCACAACGAGCCGUGUUCCCAUUUGCUGUAUUUUGCCGUGAGUUGAGUGGCACCCUUUUUGCUGUUUUUUAAAACUGAUGACGUGUUCAUGUCAUUAAUAUGAGUGCCCCCUGACCAAGGUUACCAGCAGCCAUGUUGGUACUGUAUGUUUAGAGUAACGGAUAGACAAAUAUUCCUCAGUGUCUGGUGUUAUUUGCAUGUGAUCAGGGCGGGAAAUGAACAGCAGACCUGUGAAUGUUGAGAAAAACUUGACUGAAAUUUUAUCUUCUAUUCAUUUUGGUAGAAUAUUAAUCCACACAGGGUCCACUUACAUUUCAAAAAAAGUAAUUUGUACUGAAGUUCAUUUCCUGUCCUGCAUGUGAUAACUGUGGGCUUUGUUUUAUGCACUUUAAUCCAUCCACCUCUCUCCUCAAGAUAGUUAUUGAAAUGAUAUAUAUAGAUGUGCAAACGUGUAUACACUCAAUGCAGGGUUUUAGUCUCUUUAAAGUAGUACUUUUAUGUGAUGUCACAUCCAACACAAUGCUAUUUUUGUUAAAUUCUAAGGGUACAGCUAUUUAUUUUUUCUUUUCAAAACCAAAAAAAAAAAAAAAUGUUAGGGGGGUCUGGAAGGUCUCAGGAGUUUAUUCAAAAAGCCACAUUUUAAAAAAAAAAUGGCAGCACCAAAAUUUCUGUUCUUGAAGUCAGAAUUGAUUCUAUGCAACAUUUUUUCCCCUUAUUUAGUUUUUGGUGUUACCGGCUUUUCAUUGAUCCGUGUCGGGUGGGACGGGGCAGAUGCAUUUAAGCUGAUUUUUUUAAAGUGCAACAGCGUCCCCCAUUCAGCAGUUCUGUUUCUACACCCUGUUGUGGUGCUAACAGAGCGAAAGGACCUCUCUGAAAUAAGAGGACCAUCCAUUUGUCAUCCGACUGCCCUCACAGAGAGAAAAGCCUCACCGGGACCUUUUGGUGCAUGUCGAGCCCUUCUGUCAGUUUGCUGCUCUGUGGCUCAAAGACGUCAGCUGGUGUAUGAAAUAUAAAACAGAUUAUCAAUGAUGAAUCUAAUCUAUAGGCGCUUCGAGGGAAGCUGCUGGACGAUGUGAUAACACUGUACUAUUGAUGUUGUAUAAAUGGAGAGAAAGACUUAUUUUAAAUCUUGUAAAUAGAAAAAUGUACAAAGGUGAAAGCAAGAUAAAUAUAAAAAACUGAAGAUCAGUCUGAGAUGUAGAGAGAAAUUAAUCUGUAUAUUGUUGAAUAAAUAUUGUGCCGUAAGGGAUAAA